ACAAGUGACGCAAUAGGAUCCAACCCCGAAGAACUUAACUGUCAACAUAAGAACUUUCAAUUUGACAAAAUGAUAAAGAUUUGGUCGAUCAAGAAGGAUAAUUCUGCGGCAGAAAAGAAAAAGCCAAAAGUUAGUGCAGCUCAGAUUCGUGUUCAAAAAGAUUUGACCGAACUAGCACUCCCAGAAACAAUGCAAAUGACUUUUCCCGAUGAGCAUGAUCUCCUUAAUUUCAAUUUAUCCAUAAGGCCAGAUGAAG